AUGGUCCGCAGCUCUGGUUCUGUCAUCUGGCAGAUUGUCCCCCUCGUCGUCGCGCUCGUCGUCAUCUCCGCCAUCGGUUGGGUGCUCUAUCAGGUCUACCUCUCGGCCAACAACUUCCGCCAUGCGGCCUCGGAGCGCAUGGGCAAGAAGAACGUCACGUUCACCAAGGAAGGCGUUCGCGUGGGCGUCAAGCAGGUGCAGAACGAGAAAUACGUCGACAAGACGCAGGGCUGGGUCGUCAAAGCGUGGAAUCUCGGCAACCAACAGGGAAACGACGAGAUGUACCUCACCCAUGAUCCUCCCGCUCCGCCCUGCCGCUGCGUCACAAGGCUAACUGCUGCGCUUCAGGAAGAACCGAAAGAAGUAGACGAAACGGCUGGCCGUGACCACUGGACAUACAAAUCGUUUCCACUCGGCCGGCGCACGGCCAACCAGCCUCGCCUAGCUCCUACUCGCACCGCAACAAUCGAACGGCCGGCUCUUGCCUUUGUCGAUGCGCCGGGCCGCCGAGCCCGAGAAAAAUACUAUAGAAAGGACAUGUAA